AAAGCAAGCGCGACCCGCAGACCUCCACUGCAGCCAUGGCGGACCCUCCAUCUCACUCCGGGCGACCGCCUCGCACGCCGCGGACCCCGACGCUUCGCAGCAUCCCGACGCUGCGACGCGGGAUGAGCAAGCGAGACUGGGAGCUUGAGCACAACGACAAGGAGCGGCGGCGGCGCGAGCGAAAGGAGCAGAAGCUGGAGCGGAAGCUGCACGACCUGGAAUCGGAGGAUGACGCGGAACGCAGCGAGGAUGAAACCGGUCACCACCACCGUCGCAUGGGACCCAAAGUGCCGAUGCUGAAGAAAUUCAAGCAGACGAUGAAGAAGAAGAAGUACCAGAAGCUUCUGGAGAAGCUUCAGGAGAUUCAGGACGAGCGGACGGAGGAGGAGUUGGCGAAGGUGGGCGAGCUGCGGAAGAUUCUGGCGGAGAAGAACCUGCUGCCGCCCAGAUUGAACGAGCACCACAUGCUUCUCAGGUUCCUGAAGGCGCGCAAGUUCGACAUGGAGAAGACGACGGAGAUGUGGGCCGCCAUGCUCCAGUGGCGCGAGGAGUUCGGCGUCGAUGAAUGCCUCAAGUUCGAGUUCCCGGAGUUGGCGGAGGUGAAGCGCGUGUACCCGCACGGGCACCACGGCGUGGACCGCGAGGGCCGCCCCGUCUACAUCGAACUCAUUGGCCGUGUGGACGCCACCAAGGUGUUGGGAAUAACAACGAUGGAGCGGUUCCUAAAGUACCACGUGAAGGAGUUUGAGCGCACGUUCGCCCUCAAGUUCCCCGCCUGCUCCCUCGCUGCCAAGCGCCACAUCGACCAGACCACCUCUAUCCUCGACGUCGCUGAAAUGGGCAUGAAGAACUUCUCAGCAGAUGCGAGGAACUUUCUGGCCAUGGUAUCAAAAGUAGAUGGCGAUAACUACCCGGAGACGUUGAACCGGCUGUUUGUGGUGAAUGCGGGGUUCGCCUUCCGCUCGCUGUGGUCGGGCAUCAAGGGCAUGCUCGACCCCAAAACCGCCUCCAAGAUCCAGGUGCUGGGCACGGACUACAAGAAGAAGCUCUUUGAAGCCAUCGACCCCAGUCAGCUGCCGGACUUCUUUGGCGGCACGUGCACAUGCGAGGGCGUGGAGGGCGGGUGUCUGAUGUCGGACAAGGGGCCGUGGCGCGACGGGGACAUCCUCAGGGUGGUGCGGCUGCAGCGCACCGGCACCCUCAGCGGCGGCAACCCCGAGGACUUGCUGCGAGGGGGGCGCAUCCGCUGGCAGUCGGGGCAGUUCAAGAUGGACGCGGAGGACAUCGGCGACACGGGCAGUGAGGUGUCGGACCUGGACGACCUGGGCACGCCCUCCUUCAGCGGACUCACCACGCCCAACUUCAGCCUGGGCCAGCAUGACCUGCACAACCUCGACCUCCAUCUCAACUCGCUCAACUCGAGCCGCUUCUUCAACGACCCCACCACCACCACGCCCUCCUCCGCCGCCGCCGCCUCGCUCACCCACGCCGCCUCCGCGCACCGCUCCGCCAGCAUGCAGCGCCGCGCGCCCGCCUCCACCCACCGCGCUGCAGGGCCGUCCCUCUCAGGCUCCGCCACAUCCAGUGAUGACGAGCGCGAGGUGUCCCGCACGGGGUCCGUGGCAUCGGAUGACCGCAGUGGCGAGCUCAGCUCCACGGGCAUGAGUGCGGGCGCGGGUAGACGGCUGAGUGUGGGCGUGGGGGAGGUGACAUCUGGGGCGGGGGGCACGCCGGGUUCAGCAGUGUCGGCGUUGAGAGCGGGCGGCAGGGGGAAGCAAAUCUCAACUCCGCCAUCCAGAAACUACGGCACAUCAGCAUCAGCAUCAGGUGGGGCAGCGCUAGCAGGCGUGCCCAUGAUGGUGCCCUCCUCCUCCCCGGCGCCCGACUCACUGGCAGCAGCCACGGGGCUCGUCUCGCUGCUCAUGUCUUUCUUCUCAGCUGUCGCCAACCUGCCGCUCCUCUUCUCCCGCAUUGUCAUUACCGUCACGCCGCCCGCUAACCGCCUGGAGGGCGGCGGCGUGGCGGCAGGGGGGCCGAUGGCGCCGCCCGGGGCGCAGGCAAUGCUGACACCGGAGCAGCUGCUGCGGCGCGUGCAGGAGCUUGAGAGCCAGGUGGAGAAGCUGGCAUCCAGUCCGUCCACGCCUGCGCUGGCCCCGCGCCCGGAGCCGCCCCCCCCGGACUGGCCGCAGCCAGCUGUGGAGCGCGUCACGGCGCUGGAGUCAGAGCUCGCCACCACCAAGAAGAUGCUGAAGGAGCUACUGGACAGCCAGGAGCAGCUGAGAGUGCUCAUUGAACAGCUGCAACUACGCAAGGUGCCUGCCCUGCCCACCCUGUGGGGAUGGGCGCAGGGCGCGGGGGAGACGCAGCUGCGCGCGGAGUACGAGAGUCAGCUGUUCGACGGCGUGGUGACGGUGCUGGUGACCACCGACGAGGUCAAACUGCUGGUGCCGACACCAGACGAGCUGAAGAAGCCCAACCCCACCUUCGACUACGCGCCCUACCACGAGCGCUUCCCCCUGCCACAGGGCUCAGCGCGCUUCACAGCCAUCAACCACGUGGACGUCUUCUACGACCCACUGGGCUGCCUGCCUCUGGGCGACCUCGCCGCCACGCCCCUCGCCGCCUCCACCGCUCUGCAACGCAUCCCACCAGGGCUGCAGCACAUCUGCCACUCGUGCUUCUUCUUCUUCACCUUCUCCUUCCUCUCGCCGCGCGAUGCCGACGCCGUGGGAGCGGGGUGCCAGCGCCUGUCGGACAAGUACAGUGUGUGCGCACCUGACAGCAUCCCUGCCGCGUUUGGGGCGGCGCCGGCGGGUAUUCCCGAGGUGCAGAGGGCGUCGGGGUUUCUCUUUCCCGACUCGGAGCUCGCCGAGGAAGACACCACCUCCAAGCUGCGCGAGCCCUCCCGCUCCCUCGCCCACAUAGCGCUACCGGGGGUGGGGGCGUUGGUGACAUUCAACACGACGCCGCAGAGGGACAACGCGCUGCAAGUGUGGCAGCCCAAGUACUAUCUCGCCACCAACGGAUCCAAGGUGGUGGGCGUGGGGCAGGCCGUGACGACAACACUAAUCAACGAGGCCUACGUGGCGUAUGACACCAAGCGCACCACCUACGACGCCUACACGCACGCCCUCGUCUCCCCCGCCUCUGCCGCGGCCACAUUUGGGUCGCUGGGAGUGGAGGGCGCCUUCCCCAAGGACCUCUCCUUUGCCCUCGCCGCACCCCGCCAAGGCACCUUCCAAGUCGUUGCCUCUGGCUUCUCCCAGGUGACACCAAAGUCGGCGCCUCUCCAUGCAACUGUCCCUCUCUCACUGUCUCUGGCACUCGUAGCUGCUGCUCUUGCUCUUCUCUGA